AUAAUCCACGUGACCGAGCCAAGACAGCAACAGGUUUUUGUUUUUGAGACAUCAAGUUCAAGGUUCAAUUUGAGGUUAGAUAAGAGCUGCUUCUUGUCUAUUUUAAACUUGAAAAUCCUCCACACUCUCAUUAUAGUAUAGUAGUACUUAGUAGUGUUGGUAGAAAGAGAAGGCAGCAAGUGAUAUCUUGAAUAUUUACAAGUGAUAUAGGUACCUAGACAUGGCUAAACAAGGUUCAGUAAUCGGCGGGUACAAGAUUGGAAAGCUUAUUAUCGAAGGUAAAACCAAACAAGUAUUUGAACUCCCAGAACAUCCCAAUGAAGUCUUGAUUUUGAGCAAAGACAGAAUAACAGCUGGUGAUGGCGCUAAAGCUCAUGACUUGGAGGGAAAAGCAGAAAUAUCAACACAGACCAAUGGAAAGAUUUUUGAAAUUUUAAACUCUGUUGGUCUUAAAACAGCUUUUGUAAAGAGCGCCACCAAAACUGCUUUCAUCGCAAAAAAAUGUGAAAUGGUUCCUAUAGAGUGGGUGACUCGCAGAGUGGCAUUCGGCUCAUUUUUGAAACGUAAUCCAGGAGUCCCUGAAGGUUACCGGUUCAAUCCACCCAAGCAAGAAACCUUUUUCAAGGACGAUGCCAAUCACGACCCGCAAUGGUCAGACGAGCAGAUAGUCUCUGCCUCCUUCCAGUUCUAUGGUAGAACCAUCUCCAGGGAUGAGGUAGACAUGAUGAAGCGUAUGUCCGUGGCUGUGUUUGAAGUGCUCGAGAGAGCUUGGGCAUCCAGAAACUGCGCUCUCAUUGAUAUGAAAAUAGAGUUUGGUGUCAGCCCUCAAGGAGAGAUCGUGGUGGCAGAUGUGAUAGACAGUGACUCGUGGAGGCUGUGGCCGUCCGGAGACAAGCGACUGAUGAAGGACAAGCAGGUCUACCGCAACCUUACAAACGUCACUCCGGCUGACCUUGAGACCAUCAAGAGCAACUUCAAGUGGAUAGAGGAACAGCUGGCGUACCUUGCACCCCCCUCCACUGGCUUGGUGGUGGUGCUCAUGGGGUCUCCGUCUGAUGAAGAGCAUUGCACUAAGAUAGCCAACCACUGUGAGAAGCUUGGUGUCAAGUGUCAACUGAGAUGCACCUCGGCACACAAAGGCACCCAGGAGACUAUGCAGAUACUGGCCGAGUAUGAAGGUAGCAACAUGCCUGUGGUGCUGGUGGCUGUGGCUGGCCGCAGUAAUGGUCUAGGCCCUGUGUUGUCUGGCAACACUGUGUUGCCUGUCAUCAACUGCCCUCCCCUCAGCCCAGACAACAUAGACAGAGACAUCUGGUCAUCCCUCAACACUCCUUCAGGUCUCGGUUGUACCACUGUGUUGUAUCCGGAGGCUGCCGCUCUGGCAGCUGCUCAGAUUCUUGCUCUCAACGACCACAUCAUCUGGUCCAGACUGAGAGUUAAGGCAGUCAACAACUACAUCUCGCUGAAAGAAGCUGACAAAGUUAUUCGCUCAAAGUACCAGUGAUAGUCAUACGUAAUUUUGUACAAGAUUGUUAUUUUUUACACUGUAUGUUUUGUACUCUCUCUCAGAGAAUUAUAAGAGCAUUGCAAUA